AUGUGGAAUGAAGAUUUGAAUGUUUUCACGAAUGACCAAACACCCAAGCAGCCGGCAACAAAGGUAAAUCGAGCGAAGUUACCGAAACGGGCGCGGAAUUUUAGCAAGGAACAGCUUCAGAAAGCUCUGCGCAAGAAAAAGGAAUGCAACGACAAGGCACAGCGUGUAGUGGAAACGCUUAUCGAGCCGGGACGCACGGAGGAUGAGCUGCUCACACUGCUGAAGGACAUCAACCAAUGCCACAUGGAGGACAUUGUACAGGAGCGGGCGAUUGUGAAGAUCUGUGGCUAUCCGCUGUGUGACAAUGAACUGAAAAACAUACCGAAGCAACAGUACGUAAUUUCGGUGACGCAGAACAAGGUGUUCGACAUUACGGAGAGGAAAAACUUUUGCAGCGGCGACUGCUACAAAGCGUCCAACUACAUCAAGCAGCAGAUGCUGACGAGCCCGCUUUGGCUGCGGGACCAGGAGGACAUUCCGAAAUUCCGGCUCAUUACCGGGCGGCAGCUGGUGUACCGUGAGACAGAUGUGAAAAAGCCGCUGCAACCGGACGAAUUGUUGUUUGGGGAGUUGAAAAUUGUAGAAAGAAGGUACGCACCGGAGCAACAGGAAGCAAUACUCAGGGAAGCAUCGGAAGAGAUGGAGCAGGAAACACUGGAUACAUCUGAGCAACCGGGAACGGCGGUACAGGACGUUGUUGGGAUGGAAGAGGAAUUGGGCAGUGUACUGUCCAAGUUACAGAUUUAAGAGAAAGGAAAUGUAUCCGAUUGUGAUUUAAGCUUAAAGUUUACAAAUAAAUUUAAAAUGGCCCGUGUUUGUAUCAAA